ACUGGGGUUUGGUCUCUGAAGUUUUCAGAUGCAUCUGUAGAUGAAUCAUAACUGUAUCAAGAUGUCUGGACGUUCAGGCCGCGCUGAGACCCGAAGUCGGGCCAAAGACGACAUUAAAAAGGUGCUGGCAGCCAUCGAAAAGGUGCGAAAAUGGGAGAAGAAAUGGGUGACAGUUGGAGACACAUCUCUACGCAUAUUUAAGUGGGUGCCAGUAACAGAAACAAAGCAGAUUUAUCGCACAAAAUCCACUGGUGGAGAUGGCAGGGGGUUGAAAGAUGUAGUCCUGGACAACACCAGCUCUUUGCUGGAUUUCACCGAUGACAACAGCAACCAGAGCUUUCUGUCAGAUGUUUAUCAGCCAAAAAUGGACAACAGCAGUAGCACUUCUAGCUCGCAGCAUGUCAGCCCCCCGCAUACUUACAGCCUCCGAGCUGAAGACUCUCAGCCGCCGAUGCUUGGCCAGGAGAGUGUGGAUGAACCAGUUCAAUCAGGACAGGAGGGUGCAGAUGAACCACCUACACUUAUUAAAGAGGAUCCUCUUUCAUCAGGAACCGCCCAACGGAGCAUUCCAGGCACACAGGAAGAACUGGAUGAAUCAGGAGCACCUCCAUUAAAGAAGAUUUGCACAGGGGAGAAUGCUGCUUUGAGAUAGUUUCUUAUCUAUUUUGUCAAAAUGCACAAAUCACCUGUCGUUUGUAAUCUUUGUAAGAUCAUUUCAUUCAAUAUUGCUCAUUACAUUUCAGCUAAAGACAGCAUUUUUUUCCUUGAGUGUUUGAAGUAUCGCUUUUAAAAGUGUGUCUGCUCUUUUUUUUCUUUUAAAGAAUGAAAAGGUUUUUACAUCCUUUGUACAUAGCAGGCUGUAUUUUUUUCCCAUUUAAAUGCUGUAAAAGUUUACAUUUCUGGCAUCCAGGUCUGAUUUCUUCUAUGUGGAGUUAAACUUUUGCAUGUUUUCCUAUCUUAUUGCUUUAUUUUUAAGGUUUGCUAUUCCAUUUUAAAACGUGUCUUAAGUGUAGCUUCACGCAGGCUGAUGAUUAAAUGUGCUAUUAUGCAUUGAAUAUUAUGUGCUUUCAGAAACUCUUCUGGCAUAUCACAUUCAAGAAUAAAGUGCUUUUUAAAUAUAUAUAUCUAUAUAGAUAUAUAUAUAUUUGCCCAUUAUUUUCACAGAUAUGUUUUGUAAACCAUAAUAAAAUGUUAUUGUCUAUUUUAA